AUUGCAACAUUGAAUGUAAUGUAACGUAAACAAACAAUUACUCACUUCAGCGUAGAUUCGUACAUUAGAAAACUCAGGGAAAUAUUGCAACGCGGAACUCGUUCAUUCAUACAUACAUACAGUUAUAUUUAAAUUAAACAAACAAAGAGGCACAAUGUCAGAUCCACAACAACGCUUUGCCAUGUGCGUCUUGUUUGGUGUGUCGGGCCUCCUCUGCGGGGCCUUUGUCCAGCACGAGCUGUCGAUAAUGAAGCUACUCGAAGCGAUCAAAAGGGAUCCGUAUGUGUACCACUAUCGGCGCAGGCUGUAUCCCCUGCUCUCCACCUUCAGCACAGAUCACGAGGGUCGGCUGUGGAACCGCUCAGUGGGGCUGCGGGACAAGCUGUGCCAGCUGCUGGUCCCACGGCUGUACAACGCACUCCUGCCGCGACCAAUGCCAGUCGAAGAGUCCUCGCCUUCUGUGGCGAACAUGCUGGAUCUCAUCAAGUACGGUCUACCCAGCGCAGACAAUCUGGUGGUGCACAGGGACUGCAUUAUGUCGCAGCGCACAAAGAUGAGCAGCGCCAGAUGGAUCAUCGAGCAUUUUCGUGCCAGUCCAUCGGCAGAUGAGUCCGUGUCCGUGUCCGGGUCCGAGUCCGAGUCUGACUCCGGUGAUGACUUCCACCGCUACAGCGAUGCAUUUCUGCUGGGCGAUAACUCCGCGGAGAUGGGCAAGGUCUUCAAGCGUCGCAUCUGGCGCGAACUGGAGCAAUACGUGAGAUUGAAGACGCAGGAGUGCGGAUCGGUGUACUGCUACACCGGUCCCAUUUACAUGCCCAUGGGCAAUGGCACCACAUGGUGGGUGGAGUACAAGAAAUCCGACUCUGUGGCCACGCCCAUUCCGACGCACUACUUCAAGGUGCUGAUCUUGGAGUCGAAGGUGGCCGGACAGGAGCCCACCAUAAAGGCGUACAUCGUUCGAAACGGCGGAAGGGGUGGUGGCAGCUUUCGGGAUCGGCGCCACCGCAUCGAAGACAUCGAACGUUACACAGGCCUCUCCUUCAGCAAGGAUCUGCAACCGACUGUACUGUACGACGAUGACAACGGCACCAUCCAGAUUGACUUGGCCUGUGAGAACGAUAUCCAAAGUUUUGUAGCUGCCCCAAUUGAAUAGAGAAAAUGUUGAAGUUGUUCUAGAAUAUAUCUUAAGGAUU